AUGGCGGCGCCGGGCACUGAGGCGGCGGCAGCGGCGGUGCCGGGCCCGGGGCAGGUCAGCAGCAACGGCAGCGCCGGCGACGCGGCGGCGGCGGCGGAGACGCAGCGGCAGCAAGCGGCGCCCAACGCCUGGCAGGUCAUCAAGGGGGUGCUCUUCAGGAUCUUCAUCAUCUGGGCCAUCAGCAGCUGGUUCCGGAGGGGCCCCGCGCCGCAGGAGCCGAGCAGCACGGGGGGGACGCCGCGGGCACCCAGCAGGAACCUCUUCCCCAAGGACACCUUGAUGGACCUGUACGUGUACAUCUCGGAGCACGAGCACUUCACCGACUUCAACGUGAGCUCGGCCCUCUUCUGGCAGCAGAGGGACCUGGUCUACGGGGACUGGACCAGCGGCGACAACGCCGACGGCUGCUACGAGCACGCCGGGGACGUGGCCAUCUCACAGAGCGUGCAGCACAACGGCUCCAUCUACGUCCACGUCUACUUCACCAAGAGCGGCUUCCACCCCGACCCCCGGCAGAAGAACCUCUACCGGCGCCUCGCCACCGUCCACACUUCCCGAAUGAUCAACAAGUACAAGCGGCGGCGCUUCCAGAAGACCAAGAACCUCCUGACCGGGGAGACAGAGGCAGACCCGGAGAUGAUCAAGAGAGCCGAGGACUACGGUCCUGUGGAGGUGAUCUCGCACUGGCACCCCAACCUCACCAUCAACAUGGUGGAUGACCACACGCCCUGGGUGAAGGGCAGCGUGCCCCCUCCUCUGGACCAGUAUGUGAAGUUCGACGCCAUCAGUGGGGAUUAUUACCCCAUCCUCUACUUCAAUGACUACUGGAACCUGCAGAAGGAUUAUUUCCCCAUCAACGAGUCCCUGCAGCGCCUGCCCUUCCGCCUCUCCUUCUGCCCCCUCUCCCUGUGGCGCUGGCAGCUCUACGCUGCCCAGAGCACCAAAUCCCCUUGGAAUUUCCUGGGAGAGGACCUCUACGAGCAGUCGGAUGAGGAGCAGGACUCGGUGAAGGUGGCUCUGCUGGAGACCAACCCCUACCUGCUGGCGCUGACCAUCAUCGUCUCCAUCGUGCACAGCAUCUUCGAGUUCCUGGCCUUCAAGAAUGACAUCCAGUUCUGGAACAGCCGGCAGUCUCUGGAGGGCCUCUCGGUGCGUUCCGUGUUCUUCGGCGUCUUCCAGUCCCUCGUGGUGCUGCUUUACAUCCUGGACAACGAGACCAACUUCGUGGUGCAAGCGAGCGUCUUCAUCGGGCUCCUCAUCGACCUCUGGAAGAUCACCAAGGUCAUGGACGUGCGGCUGGACCGGGAGAACAAAGUGGCCGGGCUGCUGCCGCGCCUCAGCGUCAAGGACAAGUCCACCUACGUGGAGUCCUCCACCAAGGUCUACGAUGAUAUGGCAUUCCGGUACCUCUCCUGGAUCCUCUUCCCGCUGCUGGGCUGCUACGCCGUGUACAGCCUGCUCUACCUGGAGCACAAGGGCUGGUACUCCUGGGUGCUCAGCAUGCUCUACGGCUUCCUGCUCACCUUCGGAUUCAUCACCAUGACCCCCCAGCUCUUCAUUAACUACAAGCUGAAGUCGGUGGCGCACCUGCCCUGGAGGAUGCUCACCUACAAAGCGCUCAACACCUUCAUCGACGACCUCUUCGCCUUCGUCAUCAAGAUGCCCAUGAUGUACAGGAUAGGCUGCCUGCGGGAUGACGUGGUGUUCUUCAUUUACCUGUACCAGCGCUGGAUCUACCGCGUGGACCUGACCCGCGUCAACGAAUUCGGGCUCAGUGGGGAGGACACGGUCACCCCCCCGCCCCCCCACCCCAGCACCCCCCCCACAGUGCUGGCCCCCAAACCUCCAGAGGACAAGAAGAAGGAUUAACCCCC